AAAAAGAACUACAUAACCUCAAAAUUUUAAUGGAAAACAAAACAAUAAUUUAUAAAAAGAUCAUCGGAAAUUGUAGAAGAAACUAUCAAUGGCGGGAAAUCUCAUCCGAUCGCUAUUUAAUUUAAGCAUAUCGCUCAAUAAAACAAAUGUCCCUGGUAUUAAAUCCAUACACACAGGUGCAGUUUGCUAUGCUGCUAGAAAGGGAACAAGGGCCAAGGCGCGAGCUAAAAAAGUCAAAGUUGAAAUUACCAAAGUUGGUUUCAUUCCGCAUAACCAAAGAGGAAAGCAUAAGCUUGCUAAGGUGGUAACAAAUAAACAUCUUGAUGAUUCAUUCAAGAGUGUAUCCCAAGACGAUGUAUACCCUAUGCGAUAUUAUCGCUGGGUGGUGUACACUGCAGAGGAAGCCAUCCGAGCCCAUCAGGAGACUCACCAUCCCACCAUGUACAAUGUCCCCGAUGCCUUCGUUAAUUUGAGAAUUGAGUUCAACAUGGAGGCAGUGAAAAAGAAUCGAUACUUGGAGAGUUUUGUAAAACUGACUCUACUGCCCCAUAUGUUCCCCCGUGAAGAAGAGAGAACUAUACUGGCUUUCUGCAAGGGUCCAGAGUUGAUAAAACAAGUUGCAGAGGCUGGUGCUACUAAAGUCGGCAGCACUGAGCUGAUCAAAAAAAUUCAGGAAGGUGAAGUAAAGUUUGGUGACUAUGAUUACGUAAUAGCACAUCCAAAUAUCCUGACGGAGCUGGUGCCCAUUCGUGGUUUGAUGAAGAGACGGUUCCCCAAUGUGCGUAGUGGUACUUUAGAUCCUGACAUCUGUGGCCUGGUGAAAAAGUUUGCAGCUGGUGUACAGUUCAGAGUAACAAAAGAUGAAAAUCAACCAAAUUUUGGAACUGUAGAAGUGCCUGUUGGAAGGUUGAAUAUGGAUGUAAAGCAAAUAGUUGAGAACAUUGAGGCUCUACUAAAGGAUAUUCAAGGUUCUAGACCAAAACGUGAUGGACUUUUUAUAACAAGGUGCUUCAUUGUGAGUCCACCAUCAUCAGAAAAACUGAAGAUUGAUCCGUUUGUUUAUGUAGACCGAGAAUUGUCUAAAGAAGUACAGGAGGACAGUGAUGAUGAGAGUGAGGCUGCUGCAGCCAGUGCUUGAAGUUUUAAAGAUUUUUAAUGAAGUAGAUGUAAAUAGAAAAACAAUAAUAAUAAAUACAGCUGUAUUA